CGGCGAACUUCUGCAACGUUGGCAGUGUGAAUUGUUCUGAGAAAAAAAUACAAUAUGUCAGGAAAAGUGAGACAACGAGCUUCUGCUAACCCAGCAGACUCGGCUACUGUCACCGUGAAUGAGAGAAUUUUGAAAGAAUGUCACAAGUUGUAUGCUGACAACACCCAAGGUCUUAUCCAAAUUGCUGAAAGAUUGGGGUUGAAUUUGUUAGCUCCACGAAAAAAAAUCACAGUGUUGCUUAUUGGUAACCAUUCCGCUGGUAAAAGUUCAUUUAUCAACUGGUACAUUGAAGAACAUGUUCAAAGGACUGGUGUUGCCAUAGAAACACAAGGGUUCACUUUUGUUACAAGUGGGCGCAAACGAGAGUCGCUGACUGGCAAUGCUACUUUACACUUGUAUCCACAUUUCAAAGAGCUUGUCAACAUUGAAGGUGUUGUAGAAUAUCUGGUGACAGAGAUUACUACUUCUAAACAGAAGAAAUUCAGCCUUGUAACGUUUGUGGAUACUCCUGGUUUGGUUGAUGGUGAUAUGAAAUAUCCAUUUAAUGUUGAUGAGUCGAUCUUAUGGCUUGGUGACCGAGCUGAUCUGAUAUUUGUGUUUUUUGAUCCCAUUGGUCAAGCUUUAUGUAAACGCACAUUGAACUUGGUGGAAAAACUGAACGAAGAUCAUAGUGACCGGAUACGCUUCUAUCUGUCCAAAGCUGAUGAGGCUGGACAUGAGAGUGAUCGCCAACGGGUUAUGAUGCAAAUUGUACAAGAAUUAUGUAAGCGCCCUGGACUGAAUAAAACCUGCUUUGAUAUGCCUACUAUAUAUGUGCCCAAUUUGAUCAGCGGCAAGACUACUCGCUGUGCCAACCAAAUAGAAGAGGUAUGUAAAGAGAUAGAGAAAACUAUCAAUCAGACAAUACAGAACACUUUGAAUGCACUGGAAAGAGACUGUGAGAAAAUAGCCGAUUUAAUUGAUACCAAGCUAGCAGUGGAUAGGGCUGCCAGCUCCUAUAAUCUGAGAGCUCGCGGUAAAGGAUUCUUCCUUGGUUUAUUAGGAUGUGUUCUGCCUCUAUUAUGGUUUAUCAAUUUCCUUGCUAGCAAUGUCUCAAAGGAUCUUCAAGAAUCCACUUUGGGUCGAAAAAAUCGUGAAGUAGUGGCACUGUAUUUGAAACCUGUACGUGAAGUAUGGAAGCAGAUACCUAAGGAGUAUCAUCUACAUGUUACAAUUGCUUUAGGCGUCUUUACUGUCUUUCUGUUGGCUGUGGCAAAAUUCUCUUCAAGAUUGAAGCCAACAUUGUCUCGAAAAGAAAAAAGGGUUUUUACAGAUCAGAGGGAUUUUGUCAAGAGUCAUGUCAGGAAAACCAAGGAAAAACUGUAUCAUGAAUAUUUGCAACAGAGUGUGGCAGCCCAUGACAUCUAAAUAAAUAAUAUCAUAACAAAAGAUGCCUUACCUAUAUUCGUGAGCAUGUAUACCAGUACAGAGUUGGAAGAUGUAGUUAAAGGGUCAUAUGCCCUACAGUCACACUCCUUUGAUUUGUAUUCCGGAGUAUAGGGUAUUUCAGUCAUUUUCCAAAAUAAGUGUGAUGUUCUUUUCAACAUUUUUACUUGUAUACAACCUUGUUCCGUAAAUAUAAUGACAGUAUAUCUAAAAUGUUUUAUCAAUUCACUCUAUUAGACGCACAUUAUGCCUUUGUGCUAUUAUAAUUUAUCCAACACACUGUAUUCACAUCCUUUGGAUAUACCGUAUUACACACUAGCAUACCCGGUAAUAUAAUAAAACAUUAUCAAAAUAUUCAAAUUAAAAUCUUUUGCAAUAUAUCAACUCUUUUAAUGUCUUUUCCCAUAAUUUGACUGCUGUAGAAUACUUUAUUUCUGUUUGGAAUAUAUUUUCACUGAAGGGAUGCAGUGAAAACAAAAUCCAGAGAUAUACUUUUUUCUUUUUUGUAUUUCACAUUCAACUCAUCAAUAAUCAGUGAAAAUAAAUUCCAUACAAAACACCCAAAAAGCUUUUUCAGCGAAAAUUAACUCCAGCUAAAAUAAAGUAUGCUUCUAAUAGUGAAACAUAUGUUGUUUUCAAUAUGUCAGUAACAGUACACUUUUAAUAUUCAGUGACAAAAAUUACCACAGUCAAUUGUAUUUACUUAAAAAGAUAUUUUUAUUCCCUUUCUUCUUUGAAGAAGUUUUACAACUAACAUACAUGCACAAUAUCUUAACCAUUUUGAAUUGCUAUUUGUAAGUACUUAAUGAUAUACAAGGCAUAUAUGGUAGAUGUACCAGUCCUGCUUUUAGUUAGGUUUGGUGGUGAUGUUCUUUCCUCUUUUAAAACUAUCUAAAGAAAUUAUUGAAGGUGCUUUCAACUUUCUGUCAGCUGUCAUACCAAAAGUUGACACUGCCAUUGACCUGCCAGCUGACCUUAUCAUUUCUGCGUCUGUUUUAACCUCAGAGAUAUUGAUGAUAAAUACCUGGUUGAAUAUAUAAUAUGUGAUAGUCUUUUCCACAUUUCUUUGAACCAACAGAUAUUCAGAUUAUAGACUGUCACUAAGUCUAUCACAAUGAAUCAGUGUAUAUUCUUUUUAAAAAUCAGAAUUUUAAUGUAUCAAUCAGGGUUUGUUUUUCAAUAUCGUGUGUAAUUUGCUGUUAUUUUCUUUUCUAAACAACUAUUUUUCUUCACCGAAUAAAGAAUAUACUUUGUA